AUAUACUUGUUUUAUUUAUUAUUCUCUCUUUGAAUAGAAUCGUUCUUUUAAUUUUAAGACGAAUAGACGUUAAGUUGAAAUAAUAGUUCUAUCGUAAGUUAAUCUAAUUGUAAGAUAGGAUACAAUCUUCGACGUUAUUCAUUCGAUAGGAGCGUAGAGUAUCGGAGCAUAGUUAUAAAUAAAUAGGGAAUGAGAAUAGCAUGAGAGACAAUGCCAUCAAUCUGUCAACUUAUCUUAAUAGACCUAAUCCUAAAAAGAAGUCGACGAAAAGUUCAAUAUCCGUUUUUAGAGAAGAACAAUUGUUGCUUGAAGACUAUUCUUAUGAAGAUAGCACUUUGAAAUAUGCUGGAAAUGUUACCUUACAAGUAACUAAAUUUUAUGGUAUCAAAUAUGCAUGGUAGAGAAAAUGGUGUAGAAAAUUUCGUAGAAAAUAUAUGGUCAUUUGAAAAGUUCUUGUAUCACUUUCUUUGAUUAGGGGUAUUGUUUGAAGCGUCUAAUUUUAGUGUGCUCGUAAAUGACAUAUGUGUCAGUAUCGAUUUAACGCACGAACAAUCGUUCCAGGAUACUUUUGUAGAUAAUAUUUUUUACUAUUACUUUCGUAGGGAGUUAGAUACCCCUUGUGCGUCAAGUAACGUUCUCUCGAUUUCUUUAUUGGUUAUUUAAUAGAAUAAAAAUAAUAGGAAGGAACGCGAGUACUUUGAUAUUGGAAUAUUUCUUUUUUUUUUCUUCUUAACGCGCGUUAGUUAUGAAAUAAAAAUUAUAGAAAAUAUUUUGUCGUAUAAAUUAUAAGAUAUAUAUAUAUAUAUUUUGAAAGAAAAAAUGAACACACAAUAUUAUAACGUUCAACAAUACGAAAAACUCAUAAGACCUAUAAUGAUAACAACAAAAAUUAUUUCCGUUUGGCCAUUGGAUAAAGACUCUACUAGGAUAACUAAAAUACUUCAUAACUUGCACACUUUUGCUAUGUUUUUUCUGAUUAUAGUAAUAUCAACUGCAACCACGAUGGAAGUAAUAAAUACAAUCGACGAUUUAAAUGAAGCAACCGAGUGUGCUCUCUUAUGUACUGCCUUUUAUCUCAGUUUAUUACGAGUAACAAUUUAUUCUUUACAUCGCAAAGAUAUCUCUUACAUCGUCGAAACUAUGAAAAACGAUUGGAUUUUAUCUAACUAUGAAGAUAUCUUAAUACUCAAGGAUAAAUGUUUAUUUACGUUUCGUUUAUCAAAAUUGUUCAUAUUUUCUGUGGCUAGUACUAUCUGUAUAUUCAUAUCUGCUCCUCUCAUAGAGGGAUUCAUCUUUAAUACAAAUAUUAGGAUAUUACCAUUUCGUGGACAUUACUUUGUAAAUCAUACGAUUUCACCGAUCUUCGAGAUAAUUUAUACCUUCAACAUUUUAUCCGGCUGUUUUUCGGCCACCACCAUAGCCGGUGCUACAACUUUCAAUCUCGUUAUUAUUAUGCACGGUUCAGCUAAAUUCGCUAUUUUGCAAAAUAGAUUGAAAAAUAUCAAGGGCAACGAUAGAAACGCAUACGCCGAACUUUCGGCGUGCGUUAAAAGUCAUCAGGAUGCAAUCACGUUCGCCGAUACAUUGGAAAACGUUAUAAAUAUCUUGGUCUUAGGACAAUUUAUUAUUAGUACCGGUUUAGUAUGUUUCGCAGGAUUUCAAAUAACUGCGAUGAUCGAAGAUAAAGCUAAACUAAUAAAAUAUACCUGUUUUUUGAAUUCUGCAAUUCUGGAACUUUUUCUAUUUAGUUAUAGCGGUAAUAAAUUAAUCGACGAGAGCGAAGCUAUAGGAUAUGCUGCUUACGAAAGCGAAUGGUAUAACAACAACUUUGGGCCAACUCUACAAACGAUUAUCAUGCGAUGCAGAAUACCAUGUAAAAUAACAGCCGCUAAAUUUUAUAAUAUGUCUUUGGAAAGCUUCGCAAAGGUGAGUUAA